AUGAAAAAAAGCAGCUUCAUAGCCCUAUCAUUGGUAGCUAUAGCUUCGACUUGUGUGAAAGCUUACAGAGAAAUGGACUUAAAAUUCAAUCCUUUUGUAUGCUUAAACGAGUGCGACUAAGAUGACAGCCCUUAGAUAAAGAAAACAAUUCAUUAGAAACAUUAACUUAAAGAUGAUACUUGCCCUGAUGGGGAUCAUAAAGUACUCUAAAACCAAUUACCCUACUGGGAUUCAAAACAAGCUUUUCCUUGUAUGUAUGCUGGAACUUUAAAAGUUUCUGCUGAUCAAGAUCACAACCUAUUCUAUUGGCACUUCAAAAACACUGCCUUGACAAAUGCUCCCUUAGUAAUUUGGAUUAAUGGAGGACCAGGAUCUUCAAGUAUGUUUGGACUAUUCCUUGAGAAUGGCCCAAUCAGAGUUUCAAAAGGUCCAGGUGCUGAUGAUUACGUACUUGGUAAUGCUGAUAGAUCGUGGCUUGAAGCUGGAGAUCUUAUUUUUAUUGAUCAACCAAUUGGAACUGGAUUCUCGUAUGGCAAUACAUACUUAGAUAGAAUGGACGUAGGAGCUGAUGAAUUUGUUGAUUUCCUAGUCGCUUUUGUAACAAAAUAUCCAGAGUAUUAAACGAGGCCACUUAUUCUUUGUGGUGAAAGCUACGCUGGCAAAUACUUGCCUCAUAUUGCUACUAAGAUAGCUUAACACAAUGAUGUUAAUAACAAUCCGGCCCUUGAUAAAGACGGAAAGCCCAUCGGCUUGAUACCUUUGAAUCUCAAAUCAGUCCUCAUUGGUGAUCCAUUCGUAGCACCAAUUAGAUAAAGGACUACAACUCACUUGAUUGCUUAAGGACUUAAUGUGAUUGACUCUUCAAACAUGGGUUAGAUCUCUGCGUUGAGAAAGAAAUGUGAGGAGUCCAUAUCUAACGACUGGAAAUCAGGCACUGAUACCUGUGUUAAGACUAUGGAUUAUAUAGAUGCAGUUGCAGGAGGACUCUUUUCCUAUGAUGGCUCCAUAUUCGACUAUGAUUGGACUCCUAAAGAAGAUCUUGUAAGCGACUUCUUGGCAAACUGUGGUAAAAAAGGUGAUCUAUAUAAGGCUAUUCAUAUUGAUAAGAGCCCCAAGACUCCGAUUUUUGAGUGGUCAUCUGAUAAAGUAGCUCAGAACUAUGAUUUUGAGGAAAUGCAAGACUGGAGUGGAUGGUACGAUAAACUAAUCAGAACUGGAACUAAGUUCAUAAUAUAUGCUGGAGAGUACGAUCAAAGAGAUGGUUCUGUGUCCCAACCUGCUUGGAUCAAAGAUUUGUUAUUGCUAGCUCACGAUGAUGGCUCUUUCUUUAAGCAAGCUAGAAAGAUCUAUUACUUCAAGGACUCAUAGAACAACAUAUAAGUUGGAGGGUACUACAGAGUUGAUGAUAAGAAUAAAUUCACUUUCCUUACAGUCCCUAAAGCAGGUCACUUCGUCCCUGCUAAUCAAUUCGAGCUAUCCCUGGCAAUGUUGAAAGACUACAUGGAUGAUACCUAAGUUGGCCUAAAAUGCAUAAAGGAUGAUGAUCCAAACAAGUGCGACACUUCCUAAACGAUGUGCACAUACAUGAACAACUGCAAUAAUCAUGGUACCUGCAAUGGUUAUGGCAAAUGUGAUUGCAACGAUGGCUUUAAGGGUGCUGAUUGUUCCUGGGCUACUGAGAUGCUAGUAGAUGGCUACCAAAAGACCUUCAAUUUCAAUGGCACACAAUGGGUUUACUUCUAGUUUAAGCAAGGUUUGGGUAACAAUGAAGCCUAUACUCUUAGUCUUCAAUCAACUCAUGUGUUUGAUGCAUAUGUUUCUAAAGGUGUAAAGGUAGAUCCAAAUGAAUUUCAUAAUGAUCUAGAAUUCAAGAGACAAUCUACACUUGUAAUCUCAUCAAGCUAAUUCCCAGCAUUCAAUAGAUUUGUGGUUGCUGUUAGAGUGAAUGGAAUUGACUUCAUUAGUAACACUUAUUAAUUGUCAAAGCUCUUUGUGGGAUUUGUAAAGACCUCAGCUCCAGCAAUGAGUGAAGUUGAUACUUAUGAGUAUCUAGAGAUGCAAAAGAAAGAAGUAGUACCUGAGAAGAAAUAAAACAAAUGGAACCCAUUCCAUCAUCCCCCUUAGGAUGAAAAGUAAGCUGAAACCGUAGAGCUUCAAUAACAAUCAUUCUUGUUUGAAACUGUGCAAGAUCAAAAUGAAGCAUCUGAUGAUACUUAAAACUAUGAUGGUCAUCACAGCAAAAGAAAAACUAAGGAGGAUCACAAGCCAUACUUCAAGUUCUAAUAUUUCAUUGUUGGACUAAUAAUUGUAUUCCUCGGAAUGAUGCUCAGAAAUAGAAAACAAUCUCAAACCUCAUCAAAUCAGUGA